AAUUUUUGACAAAAUGUUGGUUGUUUUUAAGAAAUAUUUUCCAAUAAAAGACUUUAAUUUUUCAUACUUACAGAGGACAUGUAAUCAUCGUUUGAAAAGUAGCAAAUAUAAGAGCUCAUUUAACUUUCCCUGGAUACAGAAUUUGCAUGGUAUGAAUAUUGACAUAUUGUUGGUAUAUAUAAUAUUGUUGACAUAAAACUAGUAUGGUACAUAAAACUAGGUGUGUUUUAUUAAGUAGUACAGUGCAGAAUAUGGUCAGGUGGUCGAAUCUAAAGGGAAAGACAGUUCUCAGAAUGAUUAAAUUGUUCACUGUAUGUACUGAUCUUGUGUUAGGAGGCAACGUUAGGUUAUGCAAUGUGCAGAUCCAUAAACACCACUGAAAACUGAAACCUACCUAUACCAAUACAUCAAAAUAUCAGUGAAAAUUUCAAUGGUGUAGAUAUGAACUAGGCAUUAGCACCUUUGUCUUCUCCUUGUAUAGUAAGGUGUUAUAUGCAUGGUAAUUAUAGAUGACAAGAAAUCUGCACCAUUUCUCCACAAAGUUCUGGGAUUUUUUAUUAUGAAGAAAAUUCUUAAUAAUGUCAAGUAAGUCAAACAAUUCAGUCAGUUGGACCAUCGGUUGGCUGGGCCAAAUGACCGGUUGGUCUGUCAGGCCAUUGGUUGGUCGGUCAAUCAGUUAGACUAUUAGUUGGCCAGUCAGGCCAUCAGUCAGUUGGUCAGAUCAUUAAUCAACCAGUUGGUCAGACCAUCAAUCAAUCAGACUGUUGGUUGGUCAGACCAUCAACCAAUCAGUUGGUUUGUUGGUCAGACCAUCAAUCAUUCAGUCGGUUGGUUGAUCAGACCAUCAAUCAAUCAAUCAGUCGGUUGAUCAGACCAUCAAUCAAUCAGGUGGUUUGUUGUUCAGACCAUCAAUCAUUCAGUCGGUUGGUUGAUCAGACCAUCAAUCAGUCGGUUGAUCAGACCAUCAAUCAAUCAGUUGAUUCGUUGUUCAGACCAUCAAUCAUUCAGUCGGUUGGUUGAUCAGACCAUCAAUCAGUCAGUUGGUCAGACCAUCAAUCAAUCAAUCAGUCGGUUGGUCAGACCAUCAAUCAGUCGGUUGGUCAGACCAUCAAUCAAUCAGUCAGUUGGUUGGUCAGACCAUCAAUCAAUCAGUCAGUUGGUUGGUCAGACCAUCAAUCAGUUGGUUAGUUUAGUUUUCCUCCUAUUGUAAUACUGGAUCAGUAAGAGAUGGUCCUUACACGACCUCUAGGGAGUAGUUUAGAACUGGUAGAGCUAUCCAGUAUAAAUAAAGUCAGUUUAGUUUAGGUUUCCUCCUGUAAGAACACUGGAUGAAUAAGAGAUUAUCUAAGAUUAUCCAUGGUCCAAUCAAUGAAAUAUCUCAAAUUUAUUUAACAGCACACCAUUUAAUAAACAAGAAUUUUUGGAAGGUACACAGGUAUUGGAAUAAAAAACUCAAUAUUAAAUUAUAUUCACAGCACUGAGAUCAUCUCGAUCACUAUCCUGUUCCUUUCAGCUUGCUAUCGGUGCAGUUUCAAAUGCCAUUUCAACUCAAGAUACAACUAAACUACAAGAAAUGAUGGGUAAAGAUUUCAAUCUCACUUUUCUUUGCGGGUUUUUUGUCAUAUAUUUGUAGCAUUAUGAAAACUUUAUAAAUUUUUCAGGUGUUCAACUAAGCCAGUGUUUCAAAAACGCUUUCCUAUCCUUGUCAGAAAAACAACAUAAGAUUAACCUAGUAAGUAAUUCUGGUUAUUUAAAGAGGCAGUUUUUUUUCCUUCAGUUGUGAUCAUUGAUACAUUUUCAUUUCAGGAUCUAGAAAAAACAAGCAUAAUUAACAUCACAGGUAUAAACAUGAAAUGAUACUACUUGAGGACUUACUUCAUUAUUAAUUACAUAAUUUUCCAUUCUAUGUCUAAUUGUCUAUGACUAUGUAGGUGUAAAAUCAACAUUUGGGAAAGCAGAUCCUUCAGACAAACAUAUUCUGAAAGUUUGUGGUCAAGAAAUCGUUGGAAGUAAAAGAAAACUUCAAACAGCCAUAGAAGGUCGCGUCUAUUUUUCUUUAAAAGGCUUUAUCACAAUGCCGGUUCCCAAGUAAGCCUUUCGGUUACGUGGAACCUCUGUGAUAGCUCUCCCUAACUUUCCUUUAUUUUACUUCAGUCUACACUGUUGUAUAGUUUAUACAACGUAGUUUUUAUUAUAUUACUACACGAGUGGCAUUCAAUUAUUCUUUAGGGAUGGGAUAAAUCCCUAUCUUUAGGGAUGGGAUCCUGUUUCGUUACAAAUGCCAAUGUUCUCUCUACUUGUAGAGAGUGAAUCUCCUUGGAAUGACUCAAAAGAUAUCGGAGCAGAAGCUGCAAAACUUGGAGUAACGUUUCAAAUUGAUGUUAAAUUUAAAACUGAAGAAAGGUAACGACGUCACUUUCUCUAUCAGUUCUGCAUUCAGUGUUCCCCUUCUGGAUCAAUAAGGAAUGCAGGGUGUGAUAAUUCAAAUUUUUUAUUCGUACCUGACUGGUACCGUGUUACGCCAAUGAUUAUUGCCGCGUACUUGCGCUAGUGCAAAAUCAAUACUCAAUGUGUACUGGGUCAUUAAAAUAAAGUACAGGUUUCUGAAAAGUAUUCAGACUACGAGUUAGAACAAGAAGCACAAUGGACCAAUCCCACAUUAACCAAAAUUUUUAUCUCAACAAGUCUAGACAAAAUUCCAUCACAACAUGAAAGAGCAUCACAAAGUUAGUAAUAUUCCAAAGUUUCGUUGCGAAAUGUUGUAAAAUGCGGAUAAUAUAGCCUUGCGAAAUUUGCAAUUUUCACUGCUUUGUAUUACGAACGGAAAUGGUAACCAUUUCUCGUUUGUAAUACAAAAUGACUGAAAAUUUCAAAUUUCGUAGGGCUAUAUUAUCCGCAUUUUACAACAUUUCGCAACGAAACUUCGUAAUAUUACUAAUUUUGUGAUGCUCUUUCAAGCUGUGGUGAAAUUUUUGUCUAGACUUGUCUAGAUCAAAAUUUUGUUCAUUGGGGAAUAGGUCCAUUGGCAUUGCAUAUAUACAAACAAUCGACUCGGACAUUUCUUAUAGUCCCAUCAGUCCAAUCAUGUUUCAUGCUAUCCAUGACAUCUCAGAAAUAUGAUAUACCAACGGUAUUGAAUACCUUGGGACCUUCCCACGUGGGUGAAGACAAAGAAGUACCAGACCGUAAUAUUGCUGGACCUUUAUUUACACUGGAUAUAGCUAUCCAGUGUAAAUAAAGUUUGUGUAGGUUUCCUCUUGUAGUAACACUGGAUCAAUUUCUGUCAAGAGGUGACUCUUAUUGGACCUCUAGGGAGAACAGUUUACAACUGAUAUAGCUAUCCAGUGUAAAUAAAGUUUGUGUAGGUUUCCUCCUGUAGUAACACUGGAUCAAUUUCUGUCAAGAGGUGACUCAGGGAGAACAGUUUACAACUGAUAGAGCUAUCCAGUAUAAAUAAAGUUUGUGUAGGUUUCCUCCUGUAGUAACACUGGAUCAAUUUCUGUCAAGAGGUGACUCUUAUUGGACCUCUACGGAGAACAGUUUACAACUGUAUAAAUAAAGUUAGGUUAGGCUUCCUCCUGUAGUAACAUUGGAUCAAUGACCCUUACUGGACUCUUACUACUUUUAAUCAAGUAAGCAUUGACACUUAUUUUAAAAUUUGUUAGGUUUUCCAUCUGUUCAGAUGACACAAACGAAGUACUGGCUGGUUCUAACGAAUUUCAACAUUGUUACCAUACGUGGAAGUUUGAAAGUUACGUUGAUUGGAUAACUUGGGAUAAAUCAAGCAAUGAGAGUUAUCCUAUUUCAUGGCAAGUAUCUGAUAUGGACAGAUUUCUUGAAACUAACUUUCCAGACGAGAAUUCAUUCGAUACCAUUAUAUAAAUAAUCAAAUAAUUAUAAAUACAUAGUCCACCCUAUAUGGACCUAUUACCUAAUGAACAAAAUUUUGAUCGAGACCAGUCUACACAAAAAUUUCAUCACAGCUUGAAAGAGCAUCACAAAAUUAGUAAUAUUCCGAAGUUUCGUUGCGAAAUGUUGUAAAAUACGGAUAUUAUAUAAUAGCCCUGCGAAGUUUGCCGUUUUUCAGUCAUUUUGUAUUACACACGGGAAAUUGAUACUUUUUUUCAGAAAGCGGUAUCAAUUUCCCGUGCGUAAUACAAAAUGACUGAAAAACGGCAAACUUCGCAGGACUAUAUUAUCCGCAUUUUACAACAUUUCGCAACGAAACUUCGGAAUAUUACUAAUUUUGUGAUGCUCUUUCAAGCUGUGAUGAAAUUUUUUACUAGACUUGUCUAGAUCCAUUGUAAUAGGUCCAUUGGUGACUAGCUCGGUAGCUCCUGUAAGCGUUACACGGCAGCAGAUGGUGUUCUGAAAUGUUCACACUUCUGGGAACAAGAAAAUUAAACUACAGUACAUUAAACAGACACAAGACUACAACAAAAAUUGAAAAGAAUAAACAUUGUUUUCUCAACUCUGAUAAUUGCAGGUUGACCAUCAUCUGCCGCACGAUAGUGCUUAGUGAAACUUAACCAACCCGAUUACAGCUAUUAAUUAUGAAACAACUAUAUUAAACUGAAAUAUUUACAUCGAACUCUGAUGUCCAUAAUAUAUACGAAAUAAUUUUUUGAUAUUUUAACAAUAUAUUCCACUACGCCAAACUUGACGCAAAUUAUAAUACCACACGACUUCUACAUACUGUACGAAGAAAGGAUCAACUCCUCAGAUUACACUUGUUGGGUUAUUUUCUGGUGAU